AUGGAGUUGCACGUGGCGAAGCAUCAGUGGCUCGAGACCCUCGAGCGGUUCGCGUUCUCGCCCGACCGUGCCGCGGUUGUCUCGUCGCUCGUUCCCGGAAGGUUCCUCCACCUAUUUUUCAGCGGUACAGUCACUGCCAUCCCAUAUGCGACGAUUAUCGCUCCGCUGCGCGCCAUCGAGGCGGGGGACGCCGCGGAGGCGCGCGCCCUUAUCGCCACUCUCCGCGAAGCCGCGGGUCUCAAGCCCGCGUCCGCGGACCCGGCUUCCCCCUCCCCCGCACCUCUGCGCAAGUCGGCGCUCAAGUCUCUCGACGCGCCGCCGAAGCUCUCGAGCGUGACGACGGACGCCGCGUUUCUCGGGCCGGGUGGCCUGGUUCGUCUUAUUCAGGAGCUCGAGCUGCGGCUCGCAGUGGCGCUCUGGGACUCUGGCGACCGCGACUCUUCAAGGCUUCCCCCAUCCCUUCCCACACGCCCCCGCAUCGCCCAUGCUGCGUUCCCUUUCUGCCCACUCUUUUCCCCCUUUCUUCCGCCUUCAUCCGCCCUUAUCCCCGCCCAACAAUUCACCAAUGCCCCUUUUCUCUCCUCCCCCCUUUCGCAACCCCGCUCUCGCCCUCCACCCCUCGUGCGGCUGGCGACCAAUCAGGAGCUGAAUGUGACGCUCAACACCGCCCUUCCUGCUGCCAUCGCCGCAGCGCCUGCUGCCCCCGCGACAGUGCCGGCCUUUGAUGUGACGAUAGAGGAUGCAGAGGGGGCAGUGGCGGCUGUAGCGCUGGCUGUAGCACCUGCCACAGCUGCAGCAGGGAGUGAAACAGCUGGUGUGGCAGCAGCAACUGCUGCAGGAGGUGGUUCAGGUGGUGUUUCAGGUGAUUCUGGCACGGGUGGAGCAUCUGCUCUCUCCUCCUUCCCUUCCACUCUGCCGCCCGAGUUCGCCACCCAUUUGUCUCUUCUGGAGCUGACGUGGCAGCGGCAUGGGUGGCAGGGGCUCAAGGAGGGGGGGCUUGCGCCAGUGCUGGCGCGCCUGCUGGCAAAGGGGGAGGCGGAGGGGCAGGGGGAAGGGUUUGGGGGAGCGUCUGGGCGGGGGGUGGGGGUGGGGGCACUGGUGGGGCAAGCUACUGGGUGGGUGGGGGGAGCGGUUGGGUGGAUAAAGGGGAGAGGGGGAGGCUGGAGUCGGGGGGAAGGUGCGUCGCCCAUCAUGACCCGGCAUAGGAGACGCCUCUCUCCCCCCAUGGCUGCACUGCAUGCAUGGCAGCUGCAACGAUGCCUCCGUAUCCCCCUCCUUGUGCUCUCUCCGCUCUUCCAUCUCCCAGUGUAUGUGCGCCCCUCGCUGCCCCGGCUAGAGGACGCACAUGUGCGUCGCCCUUCAUUUCCCCGACUAGAGGACCUCGUGGCAUGGGAGCUGCAGCGAUGGGAGAAGACCAAAUCUCAUGUGUGGCGGCCAUCGCUGCCCCGCUUAGAGGACGCCGUGGCAUGGGAGCUGCAGCGGCUAGAGCGCGAUGAGCCGGACGCCUUUAGCCGUCUUAGCCUCCCGAUUCUGCAUAUCCUCACUCCCCCGCAGCUACAGUCUCUUGCCGCCCGCUUCCCGUCCAUCGCCACACAUCCGCGCAUGCUGGCGCUGCGGGCCAUUCAGAUGCUGCCACGUGGCAUGUCUCUGGACACCUCCGCACCAACCCCAGAAAGCGUCGAUCAGAUCCUGAGCUAUCUGGACCGCAUACAACCACUGCUAAACGGUGACCACCUGAAGGCGAAGCUGCUGUUUGCGCGCCUCACGCUCAGCCUCGUGAACGGCCAGGCGGACGCUGCUCUCCUUCUCGCCUUCCUCUCCCUCAUCCACAACGGCCCUUACGGCGUCUUCCCUCCUGCACGGCCACACGAGGAGGAGGCGUUCGCUUACUUCCCCCUCUUCGCCUCCUGCCCCUCUCCAUCCGACGUCAAGGAGCUCGUGGCCCAGCUGUUCCGAAACCUCUUCUCCUCGCCCUCCUUCUCCUCCUCCCUCACCUCCCCUCCCUCUUCCUCCUCCUCCUCCUCUUCCUCCCAUUUCGCUCUUCCUACGAGUAUCACCUCUCUCUCCACGUUCCAUUCAACUCGUGCCAUGUCAGCAUCUGCCACGUCAGCAGAAGCUGCAGCAUCAGCAGCAGCAGUGUCAGCUCAGUUCCCGUUUGCACCGGAUUCGCCGGAGGCAGCGGCGCUGGUGGAGAGGGCCAUGCACACGUGGCAGCCUCUGAUUGGGCAGGGCAAGCUGGACUGGAGCUACGUGGCGCUGCUAUUGGCUGAGAGCAGGCUGUGCUGCGGAGACGACCCCUUCUACCCUGUCUGGGUGCACCUCUAUCUCACGUCCUAUCAGCGCCAGCACGCGCCCGACAACCUGACGGCUGGCAGCAGCGCGUUGGGUGAGCUGACGGGGCGCUGCCAGCUGGACUUUGCCGGCCACAACCGACGGGUGUGGCGGGCGGCGGAUCCGGUGCAUCUGGACGUGAUUGUCAAGAACGUGCCUGUACUCGCUGUGAAGCUAUUCGAGGUGGACUCGCUGCGCUAUCUGCUCUCCUCGCCGCUUGACACCGAAUUCUCCAACCUGGGGUCACUGCAUGGCCUCAAACCAUGGUAUCAGCAAGAGAGUCAUAUGCAGCAGCAGGAACAGGAACGACAAAUUCCCCUCCCCACCACCACCACUACUACUACCACCACCCCCUCCUCCUCCGCCGCCCCCUCUCGCCCCUUCUCCCUUGUAAAGCGAAUCCUGAGUGUGGAUCUCCCACAGCUGGCUGGGCGGCGGGGCGUGUUUGUAGUGCAGCUGGAGGGCGGCGGGCUGUGUGCGCGGGCGAUUAUUCGAAAGGGCAAUCUAGUCCACACGGCCACCCUCACCCCUCGCGGCCUUGCCAUCCGAAUGCUCAACGAAGACGGCACUCUCGUGCUGCCCACUACUGCAACUGGAGGCUCGAAUGGAGGCUCGGAUGGAGGCUCGGAUGGAGGCUCGGCUGCAGCCUCGGGUGGAGGUCCGGACCAAGGCUCGGAUGGGGGGGAGCCGAGUUUGCUGGUUGGGACGAGCGUUCAGAAGGGAGUGCUGGGAGGCCGGGCGGCGAGUGUGUGGGUGGAGGGGGUGGAGUAUGCGGUUGGGAGCGGUGGAGAGGUGGUUCUCCCCUUCACUGCCAGCAGCAGGCAGUGCUCUCCGGUGCUCUUUGAUGGGUGCCUGGCUGCUGUGGGUGCAUCCGUGCAAGUUCCAGAAGAAUGUCCUCGCUUCUUUUCACACCCUUCUGCCUUUUCCCAACCCAACCUUCCCCCAUUUCCGCCACCCCUCACCCUUUCCCCAUUCUUCUCCUCCCGCUUUUAUUCCCCCCCCUCCCUCCCUCCCCCCUUCUCCCCUCCCCCUCCUCCCACCUCCCCCAGCUACAACCUGAACUUGCACGCCUGGCUCGAUCAACCCUUCCUCCGCCCCUCUGCUGACGUCACCAUCCUCCUCCGCCCCUCCCUCACUCUCUCGCCUUCUCCCUCACACUCCUCCUCCUCUCUCCCAGCCGCCCCCCUCUCGCUCCUGCGCUCCCCUGAGCUCGUUGUUUCGUGGAAGCUUCUGGAAGGCCAGGAUGUGACCGUUCGCAUUCCCAACCUCUCCCUCCGGCCGGAUUCGGAGUUAACACACAGGACAAAAGUCCCGGACGGUGCAGUUUGUCUGGAAGUGGUCCUCCGGGGAACAGUGGUGUUGCAGAGCAAGGGUGGGCAGGAGAAGUCGCUGGAUGCAGAAGCUUCCUGGAAGGUGCUGGCGCCGUUUGAGCCUGGGGGAAGGGCGGCAGCGAAUGGGAGCGCGUGGGAGGGGAGUGGAGAAGGGGGAGGGGCAGGGGGCAGAGGGGGAAUGGUCCUGGGGGAAGUAGGGGGAGCGGAGGGGGGGGAUGGGGGGAAAAAACAGAGGCCAGUCGAAGUGGAGUCUUUGUUUCUGGAAAUAAGGGGUGGGGGAGAGGAAGGGAUGGGGGAAGGGAAAGGGGGAGGACAGGGGAAGGAGGGCGUGGGGGGGUAUGUGUUGCGUGUGGUUGGGGAAGCGGGGGAGGGGAAAGAGGGGAGGCGGGUGGUGGUGCGGCUGCGGCACCGGCUGGCCAAUGAAUGGUCGCCAGGUGUCGUGAUGAGAAGCGACGAUGAAGGGUGUGUGUAUCUGGGGUGGCUGGAAGGGGUGGAGAGGGUUGGGGCGAGGAGGGUGGAAGAGUGGGGCGGAGAGGGGAAGGGGAAGGAACAAGGGGGAGGGGGAGCUAGAGGGGAUGGGGCAGGCUUGGGGAAAUGGAGAGAGUGGAGGGGCGGGGAAGGUGAUGGGGAUGAGGAAGGGGAGGAGUGGAUGGGGGGGAUGAAGGAGGAGUGGGAACACGUGUGGCACGUGUGUGCACCUCGGCUUGCUCUGAUUGGUCCACGUGGCAGUGUGGGUGGAAGUCCGGCAGGGAAGCUGCCGUCUCACGUGGUGGUGGUGGGCGGGGAGGAGAGGGCUGACGGUGAUGCCAGUGCUGCUGGUGCUGCUGGUGCUGGUGGAGAUGGUGCCUCACCAGGCUCGGAUCAAGUGAUUCUGCGACUGCCUUAUGUCUCCCAUGAUGCUGCCGCUGCCGCUGCUGCUGCUGCUGCUGCUGCUGCUGGCAAUGGUGGGGAUGGUGCUUAUGGUUCUGCUGACGGUGGUUCUGCUUCUGCUGGUGAGACAUCUGGCGCUGCUGCUGCUGCCCGACCAGUCUCCCCGUGUCUGUUCCGCGUGGCUGCUGCAUGGGAAUACACAGUCGAGAGAGUGUUCCUGGCGGACUGCACGCAGCGACUGCGGAUGAGAGAGGGCUAUCUGGAGCUACUCACAGUGCCACCAGGCGACUACUCUCUAUUCCUCCCAUGGGACAACGAAACCAUCUCCAUCCGCGUCCUGCCUCCUCCCCCUUCCUCCUCCGCCCACCCUCCCCCAUCCUCUUCCACGCACCCCACUCCUGCAUCUACCCUCGCCUCUCUCCCCUGCCCCGGCUGGGCCGUUGACUUGGCACGCAAAGAACUUCGGAAACUGCCGCCCAAGAGCCCGCUCACCAUCUGUGCUGCUGCUGUUGGUGGGAGUGGAGUGGUGCCGGGCGGGAGAGGAGGAGGCGGAGGAGGGAUUGCAGGCGGAAGAGAUGGGAGUAAGGUUCUGUGGGUGAAGCUUGGGGGGUGUGGCGCGAGCACACGCGUGCAUGUGGUGGUGCGGCAAGGCAUGGUGGCCAAGGCUGUGCCUGGGUUUGAGUUGAGUGUGUUUGGGGGGGGAGGCGGGGAGGAGGAGGAGGGGGUGGAGGGAGUGUGGAGGGGAGGCGGGUGGGGAGGGGAAGGAGGGGAGGAGGGGAGGGUGGGGUUGGAGGAGGUGGAGAGUGAAUAUGGCGAGAAGCAGUUCAUGGAUGAAGAAAUUAUCUACGUGCAGAACCGUCAGAAGGCCCUCACCACUGCUAAUGGAGAGAAGGAACGGGUGGGGCACCUACUGCCGCUGCCCUCCCUCCUCAUCCACCCUCGUGUCACCGCUGCCAGCACCAGCAAGCGCGCCCCUCCCCCUCCACGCCAACUCCACUCCGACCCCACAGCCAAGAAGAAGCAGCUACUGGGGGUGAUGAUGCAGCAGCAGGGGGGCAGAGGGUCGGCCCUUCGGGCAAGUCGGAUGGAGUAUGACUCCAUGUGUGCACCGCAAGCAACCGCAUGUUUCGCUGCAUUUGGUGGGGGGCGAGGGAGGAUGCAUGGCUACAGUGGGGGUGUUGGAUAUUCGGCCUCGUACCAGUCAGGUCCCCCUCCCAAGCACGCCCCGCUGUUUGCCACGCCGCCCACUCUCAUUUCCAAUCUCAGGCCUUUUGUCAGGUCUGAGAGAGGAAGGGGUGGAGAGGAGGGGGAUGAAGGGGGGAAGGAUUGGUGGGUUGCAGUGCCGAGAUCCACCCUGCCACGUGGCAGCCUGUCAUUGACUGUCGUGGCUGUGGAUUCGGGGGAAAGUGCGUGGGGUUGCCAGGUGGCGCGCUGUGAUUUGCUCGUUCCGGAGGAGGCGUGGGGGGAGGAGGGGACUGAGGGUGAGAAGGGGAGGGAGGAGAGGGGGAGGGAAGAGAAGGGGAGGGAGUGGGUGGUACAGGAGGCGUUGGAUCCAGCUAAGCAUUACCACGAGAGGAGGGCGGUGGAGGUUUGGAGGAGGGGAGAGGUGCACCGCAUUGCUGACGUGGGAAUGGCACAGGUGGCGAUAUUCGACUCCAUCGAGCGAGCUCACGGCCUAUUGGCCAGCUUCAUCAGCCCAUCAGAGCGCGACACGUGGCAGCAGCUGGCGUUCCUGCUACAGUGGCCGGGCAUGGCAGCGGGCGGCAAAGUGGACAAGCUGCAGCGCUUCGGCUCGCACGAGCUGCACCUCUUCCUCUUCUUCCAUGACCAUGCCUUCUUUGCUAAACAUGUGCUCCCUGCCAUUGCCUCCAAGCUCGACCGCUCCUUCCUCGACCUCUGGCUGCUGGGCGACCUUGACGGGGUGCUGUCCUUCUGCGCCCUGCCAGCGUAUCUCAAUCUCAACGCCCUCGAGAGGUGUCUGCUGGGGCUGGCAGUGUGCUUCCACAUGCUGCUGCAACACAGGGGGCAGCGACCUCUGGACUGGCCCUAUCAGUCCCACAUCAUCCAUCCCUCUGAAGUCCUGGACGAUCUAGUCACGCUGGCAGCACCACCCACACCAGCACUAGCAGCACAGGCAGCAGCAGCCUCCUACCGUCGCUUUACCACUGCCCUCGCCAGCCGCUCUGACCUCCGCCCCCGCGCCGCACCUCUCGCCGAGCCUCCUGCCAAGCCUGCCGCCGAACCUGCACCGCAACCCGUCUCUGCCCCCAAAGGCGCUCCUCCUCCUCCCCCUACCUCAGCUGCCUCUUUUGGGGGCUUUGGGGGGCCGCCCCCCCCUCCUCCCCGCCCUGCUGCUGCUGCCUUUAGCUUUGAUGGCGAAUCAUCUGAGCAGCCUCAGAUGCAGGCCCUGUCAGCAGCACCAGGAGGGGGAGGGGGAGGAGCAGCAGGGGGACUGCACUUUAGCUGCGACGGCUGUGGCACCAACCCAAUCAGGGGACCCCGCUACCGCUCUCUUGUCCGUGACGACUACGAUCUCUGCGCGUCUUGUUUCGCCACCAUGGGCACACCGGGCGAGUACCAGCGCUUUGACUCCGGCCCCUCCUUCGGUGCUGCAGCAGCUGGGGAAACAGAGGAGGCUCUGCCCAUUCCAUUAACGCAGCAGCGCCCCCACAAGGUGGACGUCACGAAGCGCUACGCCGAGACGCAUUACUUCAAGCGCGCACUGAGCGAGCAGACCCCGGACCUCGUCCCCUCCUCGCCCUUCUGGGUCGACUUCAUGCGCCACAUCCUCGCUUCUGCCGAAGCUGCUGCCGGAGCUGCUGCCGCACCUACUGCCAAAGCCGCAGCCGCGGCACCUGAACCUGCAGUCAAUGUUGCUGCAGGAAGCACCUCCCCGUCUGCGUCGCUCUGCUCCUUUGCUCUCUCCCUCCCUCCCUUCGUCCCUGCAUCUUUGCACGAUGUGGCUUCCUCCUCCACCGCUGCUCUCUCUGCUCUUUCCAUUCUCGGCCUCCACUUCGGCGGCAAGAUCAGGCAUGCAGGUGCUUAUAACGAGGAGGUUAAUAACGAAGAGACUGGGGGGAGGGCGGGUAGGGGAGGUGGGCCGGCUGGUGCAGUGGAGGGGGAGGAGCAUGGGUUCUCUUUUAGAGGCACGUCGGUUACAAUCACACCUGCAUCCCCCAUGGUGGUGUACAAGCAGGAGUUGUGUGAGGUGGGGAGUGGUGCUGCAGCAACAGCAGCAACUGAAGCAGCAACAGAGGCAAAGGCUCCUCCAUUCCCGCUCCUCCCCUCCCUCGCUCCUGGCAUCCCCUCCAUUCUCCUCUCCCAAUCCAUCCACACUCUCCUCGCCCCUCCCUCUUCCUCCUCCCCCUUCACCCCCCACUCCUCCCUCCUCUCCUCCUCCCCCCCCUUCCCGCUCUUCCACUCCUCCCUAUCCACCACCCCAUCCAUCCACCCCUCCUCGCUCCCCUCCACCCCUCCAUACCGCACUGGCAUCUGCUACCUCCUUCAAAUAGUCGUAGUUAAUCUCCAAUCCGCCCCGCUCCCCCCACUGCUGCUAUUAUUCCAAGUUCCCCAGGGUUCCGUGCCUAUUUCCCCUCUCGGCCGCCCCACCCAGAGGCUGCGCCUGCCGCCGCUGCAGCCGUUCCAAAAGCGAGUCUUCACUGCCCUCUUCUACUUCCCCUUUCCUGGAAGCUUCUCGCUCUUCCCUGCGCACCUGCUGCCUGAAGCUGGGUCAGGGGGAGGGGGCGGGGGAGAGGGAGGGGCAAGGGAGGAGGAGGGCGGGGCAGACGUUGGGGUGGUGGCAGUAGCAGCAGGGGUACCCGCAUCCAUCCCCGUCCUCUCAUCAUCCGAAUACGAGAAGAUGGAGAGGGAAAGACGCGAAUCCCUCCUCCAGCAGCACCUGCAGGCAGAAUCAUCAUCAGCAGCAGCAGCAGACAGGCAGAGGCAGCAAGUGGGAGGCAAGUCACUGUCAGCAGCAGAGGAGGCAGCGCAGAGGGCAGAGCUAUGGGAGGUGAUCUGCCUGUCGGGCAGUGAGCCGGACAUCCUCCGCAUGCUGCAAGGCCCCUCCCUGCGCUCCCUGGACCUUGCCCUCCUCCUCCCACUCAUGCCUCAUGCCCCUCUCUACCACUCGGUCACCUCCCUACUCCGCCGUCGAAAGCUCUUCCAUCGGUCUAUCUGGCAGUGCUCGCUCCUGCACCAGGACCCUCGGGGGAUGUCUGAGUACUUGGCUUAUGAACCGGCCUUCCUUGCUCGGCUCUCUUCCCCGGUUCUCCUCUCCUCUCUGCUGCAUAUCGAGCCGGGUGCGGUAGGGGCGCGGCUGUCGUUUCGGUACCGGCUGAAUGGGAGCGCCGGUGUGCUAGGCUCAGGGAUAGGUUCGGGGGUAGGCUUGGGGCUAGGUUCGGUGUACGAGCAUGAGGAGUUCCUGCCAUUGCUGAAUCCCCGGGCGCACAGGUUCGGAAUGAGUGGUUCGGACAGGGAAGGGAGGAGGAGAGAGAAGAGGGUCGGGGGCGAAAGCGAGGGAGAGGGGAAAGAGGGGAGAGAGGGGGUGUAUGGGAGUGAGGAGGGAGGGUGGGAGGAGGAACCGGGGGUGAACGACAUAUGGAACGAGCAGCUGUUGGAGCACUACAGUCGGUUCCUGGAGCUGUGUGCGAGGAGGAAGGGCGGGAUGAGCGCUCAGGAGUGCCUUGCAGCGGCAUACUACCUGCUGGUUCAAGAUCGGGUCAAAGAGGCCCACCUCAUGUUCCUCCGGGCAGCCUCCGGAAAGAUUUUCACCCUGGCCGACACGUGGCGGGCAGCGCUGUGCGGUGGGAACGGGAGUGGUGCUCCUGUGGGGGCUGGUGCUGCGGCUCCUGCUGAGGGUGCUGAGGGUGGCGAGAAUUCUGCUGCUUCUGGUGUUGGUACCAAUACCAGCAGCACCAGUAGCAGCGCUGUCCCCUUUACUGACAUCCCCACUACAGUGAAUGUGCAGCUGGCAGCUGAUUACAUGGCUGCUUUUCUCGACAUUCUCCUCUGCCCGACCGACCGCCUGCCCGUGGUCGCCCGGGCAGUUGCGAAAAAAUACCGCGCUGUGGACAGGAACGGGGGCAGCAGCGGAGGAAGCUGCCCAGUGGUUUCCUGGAGAAAGCGCUUUGCUGACCUGGGCAAGCAGGUGUAUGAAAUUUGGAUGGCUGCCCGAGCUGCCCGGGCUGCCGGGGCAGGGGGGCAUAUCAUUGUGCAGGGUGGUGUGGAGGGGCAUGGAGUGGCUGGGGUGGAAGGACAGGCGCAGAGCCAUAAGGGACCGGGAGGAAGAGGAGGUGGAGGAGGAGAGGGGGUUGGUGGGGGUGGAGAUGCAUGGGAGUGGGAGGAGGACGAUGAGUGGGUGCUCACAGGCAGUCAACCCAUGGCAGUGGCAGUUGGAGGCGGAGGAGGAGGAAGUGGAGCAGGAGGAGAAGCAGGAGCAGCAGGAGAAGCAGCAGCAGCAGCAGCAGCAGCAGGAGCGGCAGCAGCGGGUGAAGGCAGAGUUUCUGCUGACGAGGACAUGGCUGACGUGGCACAGCUGGCGGAGGCGGCGGAGGGGGACGGGACGGCAGUGGACCCAUUUUCCCUGAAGAGGAGCUCGGGGCCGAAACCCUCCCAGGAGCCCUUCCUUGAAGCCAAGCUGCUGCCCCGCUCUUCUGCUGCUGCCACAGCCGGCACUGAACUUGGUACAGUCACGCCGGGUACAGUCACAGCCGCAGCCGCAUCAGCAGCAGCAGCGGCGGUGGUGGGGGUGCGGUAUGCGAACGUGGGGAGCAUCCAGGUGGACGUGUUUGCGUUCGAUGCCGAGACCUUCUUCUCCUGCUCGCCCUUCUCCCUGCUCUCGGGUGCAGCCACAGCUGGUGGUGGUGCAGGGAGCAGGGCCAGUGUGAAGGGUGGCACCGGUGCUGGGGAUGGGAGGAGUGGAGGAGAGGCAGGAGAGGGUGGUAAUGGGGUGGGUGGGCCCUCGUCCAUCUUCGUGGCUCCGAAUUGGUCCACAGUUGUCAGCACUGAUGAUCGCAGCAGUGUCGCUGGUGGUGCAGCUGUGCUUGCAGGCAGCGGCAGUGGCAGCAGCGGCAGCAGCGGCAGUAGCGGCAGCUUGGUGGUGCAGCUGCCAUCGGAGUUUGAUUCAGAGGCAGUACUCAUAACUGUCUCCUCGGGUGCUCUCACCACCACUCUCCUCAGGCCGGUGCAUGAGUCUCUUGUGGUAGAGGUGGUGGAGAGGUUGGGUCAGCUGAGAGUGCUUCGCCACAUUCCCACACCCACCUCAGCACCUGUUGAUGGGACUUCGGGUAAUGGGAAAGCAGGAGCAGUGGUGGACAGGUUGAAGUCAGCUCAGGGAACUUUGGUGCCACUGCCCGGGGCAUAUGUGAAAGUUUUCUUCCGCCCGAAGUCAAGAGGGGUUUCUUACCUUUUUAGUGGCAGUGCAGGGGAAGAGAGGGGUGGGGCGGUGUUUUACAAGGAUGGGUACACGGACAGGCGUGGGUGGUUUGACUAUGCGUUUGUGAGCACAGAGGACGUGGAGAAGGUUGACAUGUUUGCUGUGCUUGUGACUAAAGAGGGGGCAGGGUCAGUUGUGCGCCAUGUGAAGCCUCCCAAGGUUUGA